GCUGCGACAGACGGCGUCCUCUCCGUGUAGCAGCAUGAUGGAGGUUAGCGGGUCUUCAAAUGUUUGUCUCAGAGAGUUUGGAUGUGAACAGAGUUUACUGUCUCGACCUGACGGCUCUUCGUCCUUCGUACAAGGUGACACCAGUGUGAUGGCUGGAGUGUACGGACCAGCAGAGGUCAAAGUCAGCAAGGAAAUCUAUGACCGGGCAGUUCUGGAGGUGCUGAUACAGCCCAAAGUAGGACUGCCAAGUGUGCGAGAGCGAUCACAGGAGCAGUGUGUGCGAGAAACCUGCGAGGCCUCUCUGCUCUUGUCUCUUCAUCCUCGUUCGUCGCUCACUCUAAUUCUGCAAGUGCUGCAUGAUGAUGGUUCGCUCUUGUCCUGCUGUUUGAAUGCUGCCUGCAUGGCUCUUAUGGAUGCAGGGCUGCCUAUGAGUUGCCUCUUCUGUGGAGUUACCUGUGCCAUCACCGCAGAGGGUGAAAUCAUCACAGACCCCACUGCAGCUCAGGAGAAGGAAAGUCGAGCUUUGAUGACGUUUGCGAUUGACAGCACUGAGCGCAAAGUGAUGAUGUCAUCGACCAAAGGAUCAUUUUCAGUUCACGAGCUGCAGCAGUGUAUAGCAGUGAGUCAGAAAGCAUCAGAGAAGAUCUUCCAGUUCUACAGAGACUCCGUCAAGAGGCGAUACUCCAAAACUCACUGAUGAAGAAAGAAGCAGGUUUUUUUUUUUUAAACACAAAACAAAGCAUACAAAUACUAAUGUUGUAAUAAAAUAUUUAGAAACCA